GGCCCCUGUUCCUCCGCAGACGGUGCUCGUGUCCGUUGCACGCUAGAAAACCGUCUUUUCCGCGUUUCCCUUUCAUUGUAUCUGCGUGCCGUGUCCUCGCUCCGACACAUCCCGUCCGACUGCACGGAACGACCUGCCGCUCAUUUACUGCCGCUUCUCAGCUUCGUGCACGACAAGACUACUGGUUUAUUAGGCUCAGACUUCCUGCUCCACAAUGUACUCAAGCAUAUCUCUACUAGCAGCUGCUGCGUCCCUUCUGACGCUGAGCGCUCCCGUACUCUCCUUUACAAGCUAUGCAAACGAUUUUAUCGACCCGAAGCUCAUCCUAUCGAAGGACUUCUCCAAUGUCACUGUCGAUGCCCAGGCUACCAUCCUGGCAUGGGCGGAUGAAUUGGCGGCUGAGGGUCCAUGGUCUGUCAUGAACAAGACAUACGCCGCACCUAGUGGCAACAAGCACGACUACAUGAGUUGGGCCCCAUAUUGGUGGCCCGACUGCUCGAAGGUCGGAAACACGACGGAGCUCACUCCCCAACAAAUCUGGGUGACCUGUCCCUACGUCGUCAAGGACGGCCAGUUCAACCCCGACGGCCGCACGGUGGACGACGUCGGCGAGUUCGACGACAUAGCGAACGCGAUCCUCUACAACGCCCUCGCGUGGGCGCUGACCGGCACGUCCGAGUACUCCUCGCGCGUCGCGCAGUACGUCUCGGUGUGGUUCCUCGACGGCGACACGGCGAUGACCCCGAACCUCAACUACGGGCAGAUGCAGCGUGGGCCAACCGGGCAGAACGGCACGCACACGGGCAUCCUCGAUCUCAAGUGCAUGGCGAAGGUCGUGUCUGGAGUACUGCUCCUCCGUGAGGGGAAAGCGGCCGAGUGGACGUCCGAUAUCGAUGCGGGGCUGACGAACUGGACGACCUCGUACAUCCAGUGGCUAACGGGUGCCGGCAUCGCCCUCGAAGAGAAGGCUGCCCCAAACAACCACGGCACGUUCUACUACAAUCAGCUCGCUGCGCUUCAGAUCCUCGUGGGCGACACAACGGGCGCGAACCAGACGUUGCACGAGUACUUCACGACGCAGUAUCAGUGGCAAAUCGCUGCCAAUGGCGACCAGCCUCUAGAGACGGCGCGCACGCGGCCCUACCACUACCGCGCAUACAAUCUUGCGGCUAUGAUCACAAACGCCAAGCUCGGAGAGUACCUCGGCUACUCCGUCUGGAACCUCACCACCGGUAAGGGCACAACAAUCAAGGACGCGCUCGACUACGCCAUCACGCUCUCACCCGGGAACGAGACCGCGGACGAGCUCUGGCCCAACGUCGUUGCCGUAGGCGCGGUGUAUGGCGAUCCCGACGGCUCGCUCUCAAACUACAUGUCCCAGCACGCUGGAUCCUCAUACCCCUCCGACGCGCAGUUCCUGUGGAACCAGCCGUUCUCAGACUCGGGCUUCGUCGCGGCCAGCAAGAACGCCUCCCGACAACGCUGGUGCUGCCCAGCACAGUGGUACUGGUAAUGGCGCUGCUCGGCUUUGUCGAGGAGUUUGGGAAACGUUCGCGAUGGGCUUUCCUGGCGCCAUCCUCACACUGCUGCUUGCAGCUUAAGUGCACGUUCAUUGAUUUUGGGCAUCGGGUUUAGUUGUUGUGGAUCGUAUGGACCCUUCACCCACUCUCGUCUACAUUAGGAGCCGCAUAAAUCCCGCUUGGCUUAUCUGGAAGCGCCUAGUCGACGCCCUUGCGUGGUCGUCUACCGGGGAUAUUAAUCGCAAUGUUUUGUGGCCGUGAUCAGGGACAUACUGGACCGAGUUGGGCACUACGUACGUUGUAUCCCCGCAUAAUGUUUUGCAUAUAACCAAAGUGUACACCGCAUAUAUUUACCCAUUUGCCUGGAAGUAUAUGCACCCGAAUAUAUUUCCUCCGUGUAUCUCA